GCUACGGUGCACCGAGGGUUAACGCGCUGCGCCUACACUUCGUGUUUUUUUAUUUAUUUAUUUGGGUUAUUUUGUUACAGACAGGAGGAAUACGGAACCCGCCACCCCUCCUCCUUAUUUGAUAUUGAACAUUUUAAGUACCCAAACUACAGCAAGUGCAUUGACUGUAACAAAUGGACGCGCGUUCACAGUAGCACCCACAAAAUAAUGCUUUUGAGAGAGGAACAUGUUCACCGUGCCGCACACCACGGAUGGUCGUGAUGGGGGAAGUGUAUUAGCUCCGAAAAGGCUGGCACAUGAAUAGGGGGGCCGGUGAAAGCCAGAAGCCUGGGUGCAGAAGGUUCGUCUCCGGUGAGCUGUCGCGGCGGCCACAGGGGAUGUAACAACUCAUAGAAUGGAGCAAUCUGCAGCUGCCUACUAAUCACCAUCAUCCUCAACGGGGCACCUCGGCACUAGGACGUGUCAGUACGCACUUCGCGGCGGUGGGAGCAAAACCAGACAGGACACGGCGAAGAUGUUGGCUCGACUGGGGCAACGGGCGGGAUGGAGGCGGAUCACACUGUUGCGCUGAGCUCUCCACCCAGAGACAGAUGCGGGGCUCUACCCGCAUUGUAUCAGAACCCCGACGGGCCGACACUUUCCUGGGGCCACUUGCUGACAUCUCAUUUUUAACAUCGAACUUUUGAAUAGGACAUAAAUUGCAAGAUGGAGGUUGCAAUGGUCAGCGCGGAGAGCGGAGGGUGCAACAGCCACCUGCCGUACGGUUACGCCCAGGCGCGCGCCCGGGAGAGAGAGCGUGAGCGCGAGCGCCAGGCGCACUCUCGCGCGGCGGCUGCCGCCGCGGCCGCUGCUGAUGGGGGAGGAGGCGGAGCAGUCGGGGGCUCUUCGGGUCAUCACCAGCAGCACCAUCACCAUCACCACCACCAUCACCAAAGUCAGCCUCAACCGCCACCGCGCAGCGCCUCCUCCGCCUCCUGCCAUGCACACGGCGGCGGGACCGCCUCGCGCUCCUCCUCCCAACAGCAACAGCCGCCGCGCGAACUGCUGCCCGGAGUUAGGGGCGCUAGGCAGCAGCGCGAGCAGCAGCAACAGCGUGAGCCGCCGUCGGGACCCAGGCGCGCCAGGCAGCAGCGGCGCAGCGGCUCUGAAGAGGAAAUCAUGAAAGACGAGGAGGAAGAAGAGGAGGAGGAGGAGGGGGGUUGUGACGAAGAGGAAGAUGUGCCAGAACAUCCAGAGUCAAGGUUGGCAUUUAACAUGCUGGAGGAAGAGGAGACGCUAGCCCCCCAGUCCGGCUACGAGACACUCUAUGGCGAAUACGAGUGCUGCGAGAGGGUGGUCAUCAAUGUGUCCGGACUGCGCUUUGAAACCCAGCUCAAGACCCUCACACAGUUCCCAGACUCCUUGCUCGGAGACCCGGAGAAGCGCAGCCGCUACUUUGACCCCUUGCGCAACGAAUACUUCUUUGACCGGAAUCGGCCCAGCUUUGAUGCCAUUCUCUACUACUACCAGUCCGGAGGGCGACUCAAGCGGCCGGUCAACGUACCCUUUGAUAUAUUCUCGGAGGAGGUCAAGUUUUACGAGUUGGGCGAGGAUGCGCUGUUGAAGUUCAGGGAGGAUGAGGGCUUCGUGAAGGAUGAAGAGAAGCCCCUGCCAGAUGACGAGUUCAAGCGCCAGGUUUGGCUGCUUUUCGAAUAUCCAGAGAGCUCCAGUCCUGCCAGGGGCAUCGCCAUCGUUUCCGUGCUAGUCAUCCUGAUCUCCAUUGUCAUCUUCUGUCUGGAAACUCUGCCAGAGUUUAGGGACGAGAAAGAGUUAUUCAUGGGCAUCAACAGCACGGUGCCCGACAGCGGAUUUACAACUUUUAACGACCCUUUCUUUAUCGUGGAGACGGUGUGCAUAAUUUGGUUCUCUUUCGAGCUCAUAGUGCGCUUUUUUGCCUGUCCAAGCAAGACUGGCUUCUUCAAAAACAUUAUGAACAUCAUUGACAUUGUCUCCAUUCUGCCUUACUUCAUCACGCUUGGCACGGAUCUGGCUCAACAGCAAGGCAACGGGCAGCAAACUAUGUCUUUUGCCAUCCUCAGAAUAAUCCGCCUGGUCAGAGUCUUUCGCAUUUUCAAACUGUCGCGACACUCCAAGGGGCUGCAGAUUUUGGGGCACACCCUCAGGGCCAGUAUGAGGGAAUUGGGGCUUCUGAUUUUCUUCCUUUUUAUCGGCGUCAUUCUCUUUUCCAGUGCGGUCUAUUUUGCCGAGGCAGAUGAGCCCUCCUCACAGUUCCAGAGCAUCCCGGACGCCUUUUGGUGGGCAGUGGUAACCAUGACUACGGUGGGAUACGGCGACAUGAAGCCCAUUACGGUCGGAGGCAAAAUCGUGGGCUCCCUGUGUGCCAUAGCCGGAGUGCUGACUAUCGCCCUGCCCGUACCCGUCAUCGUUUCCAACUUCAAUUACUUUUACCACCGAGAAACGGACAACGAGGAACAGUCGCAGAUUGCACAGAAUACCCCACUGUGCCCUUACCUCCCCAGCAAUCUACUUAAAAAAUUCAAGGGGUCAUCUACCGCCUCUUCUUUGGGAGAGAAGUCGGAAUACGUGGAAAUGGAAGAGGGUGUCACGGAGUCGCUUUGCGCAAAAGAGAAACACUUGCAGAGCAAAGGGAACGGGACCGAGAUAGUAAAGAAAAAGUCAAUCAAUCCGAAAUCUGUCCAGACCGACGUGUGAUGCAUUUAUUUUUUUAUUAACAGUCUUUUAAUUUUUGUACUUAUUACAUCUAUACAGUUUAUUGCUGGUGAAAAGAAGCAUUGAGCAGACAUACAAGUGCAUAGAGGAAACAGAAAGGCGAACACAAAGUGGAAACAUAAGAGAGAUGAGCUGCGCCUGCAGACGUUGAGAACUAAUUAGAUGUCAGCUUUUAUUUUCAGUCCGGUCACUUUGAUCACACCUCAUUUCGGCCACCAAUCCGACCCC